UGCUAAGAUCCUCGUACUGCGAAUCGUCACCACAAUGAUACUCGCAACUGCCGUCCUCACAAAGGUUGCACAAUGGCCUUCCACUGCACACAAGACUAUGCCCCAAUCCAGUGAUAUAUGUCUCAUCCAUCUACUUCUCGUCGCUCUUUUGAUCGUCACGGCUGCCAUCUAUCUUGCACUCCGUCCUAGAAAUGUAUACCUUGUUGACUACUCUUGCUUCCGGCCAAGCUCCAACUUUAGAUACCCAAAGGCAACCUCCGUCGAGCAUGCACGACUCUCACCUUUGAUUGAUGAUUCUACUGCCAACUUCAUAGCUAGUAUUCAUGAGCGCUCAGGCAUGGGCGAUCAAACAUAUUUCCCACCAGUAGUUAUGCACAUGGAGCCAUAUUGUGGGCUUGAUGAAGCACGCACCGAAGCAGAGUUGGUCGUCUUCUCAGUGAUUGAUGACCUUCUAGCCAAGACGUGCAUCAAUCUUGAUGCGGUCGGUGUUCUUAUCACCAACUGCAGCUUAUUUUGUCCGGUACCAUCCAUCGCCGACAUGAUUGUAAAUAGAUACAAGUUACGAGGUGAUCUCCGCGUCAUGAACCUCUCUGGGAUGGCAUGCUCUGCAUCGGUGACCGCAGUGGGGCUUGCGAGCAACAUCCUGCGGUUCAUGCCUUGGGGGUCAUACGCGUUGGUGGUGUCAACGGAGAUCGUUGGCCCGUGCUACUAUGUGGGAAACAAGCGUUCCAUGCAGCUGACUAACCUCUUGUUUCGUAUGGGCGGUGUCGCCAAGCUUUUGUCGACUUCUAGGUCCAAGGCUCGGUUUCGGCUUGGGCAUUUCACGCGAACGAUCACGGCGGCAAGCAACACCGCCUACCGGUGUGUGUAUCAAGAAGAAGAUGAGAAGGGAAACCUAGGGAUUGCUCUCUCUAAAGACCUUAUGGUUGUCGCUGGUGAUGCACUCACGGCUAAUAUCACAUCAACCGCACCUCUUGUCCUACCAGCAUCAGAGCUUUUCAAGUAUGGAUUCUUAUGCAUGGCCAAAAAGGUGCUUCAUUGGAGGAAGAUCAGACCAUACAUCCCAAACUUUUGUGUUGCAUUUGACCAUUUCUGCAUCCACGUCGGUGGGCCGGCAGUUAUCACCUCCGUACAGCAUGGCCUCGGCCUAUCAGACAAGCAUGUUGAGCCAUCAAGAAUGACACUGCAUCGGUUUGGAAAUCAGUCAACGUCAUCAGUGUGGUAUGAAUUGGCAUACAUUGAAGCUAAAGGGCGGAUGAAGAAAGGCAACAGGGUGUGGAUGAUCGGGUUCGGUGCAGGGUACGAAUGCAACACUAUUGGUUGGAUGUGUAUACAACCAUCUUCUGGUGCGGUCCAUGGACCCUGGGCUAGCUGCAUCCGUCAUUACCCAGUGGAUGUCUCCAACAAAGUUUAAACUAAGAGGUUCAUCGCAUCGACAUCUACUGCUGCUACUACUACAUCGACAUCUAGAUAUGAUAACCCAACAAAAGGACAUCAAUUCUCAACUCCAUUGACCAAAAGCCAAUGGUCAUGCUUAGAGAGGGUAGAAUAGUCAUAUGUUGUGCACUUUAGAGAUUAUCCAAGCAAAUGUUUUUCUCAAAGUCGAUGUAUCGGCUUUGCUAGUUAUAACUUAUAAGUUGCUCGAGAACUUCCUGUGUCCAAUUCAGUUUCCAAAAAAGUGCAAUUUAAAAAAGUGUUAGUUGGUGAAGAACACAUUACUCUGUGUAUAUUUGGAUGCAGUGAGUGGCACUACGAGAGGACGCUGAUGUAUGU